AUGUCGGUAGAGGAAGUAAAAAGUAGCUACCGUUGCAGGGACCAGGAGACAGGGUGGAGGGAAUGGAGGAAUAAUUUUUCUUUUUUACGCCCAUUUAAAAAGUUUCUCAAACUGGAUAAUUUCAAUGCUCAAUAA